UCUGUUGAGAAGCCAUCGCUCUCUGUCACAGAUGCAAAAACCAUUGCUUUUUUUAUUCAUGUUUCAUCAGUGAGUCCCAUUGCAGUCUAACGGCAUGACGCAGAUUCAUGAGCAGGUUAUUCUCAUGGAUCAGUCGGCUGCUGUUCAUGUGCUCAUUCUGACCAGGACAAGAGUGGCUUUAGAUGUGAAGCCCGGAGUUGUAAUCGUGGUGAUAAAUGUAGCUGAUUUAUAUGUAGUUUGUUUAAGUCUUCCCCUAUAUGUGUGCACUUCCUGUGGUGAGUGUGAAAGUCCUUUUGGUGAAGUAAUGUGUAGAAAAGUAUCCUUAGCUGAUAGCACAGUACUUAUCAAUAAAAAUUGCAUUUUACUGUCUGUGGGCUUUUUGUGCAGGACUUUAGAGAGUUGAACUGUGUUUGAAAGUGUUCAUGUAAUUUGUGUCUGAGUUUCAUUUCCAGGUGCUUAAUGGAUCAUUUAAAUUUGACUUAAGAUAAAAAUGUUAUUCUAAGAAUAGUUAAAUGUACAUUGUGAGUAAUUUCCUUACGUUUUUGGAUAUGUUUUUCCUACCAGCUAUCCUUGUUAAGUGUAGCAUGCAUGUGUGGUUAUUUUAAUUUGACGUCUUACCCACAUGUAAGUACUGUAAUUGUGCUGUUUAGCAUCAGUGCAGUGUGUGAUUAUGUGGACCCGCUAUGCUGUUAUCUCAGCUAAUCAUACAGCGUCGUCACAGCGAGCGUCGUCAUGGCUUCUUCAUGUACGGCUGUGAAUGGCUGCUUUGCUGCUCGCUGCUUCCAUCCAGUCGUGUGUUGUUCCUCCUCCUCAUGUUCUGGUUUGACCCACAGGGCUCAGAAUCCGAGUCGAACGGACCCGGCAGAGACAGCGGGCUGGCGUCGUCUCGCCUCGAGCCCUCAGCCACGUUACCCAGCAGGGGGGGGGCCGAGUCCGAUCCAGACACCAUGGAGGGCAUGCUCUGUCGAAAACACGAGAUGGAGUCCCACAGCAAAAAGGCAGCUACCAGGUCCUGGCAGAACGUGUACUGCGUCUUAAGAAAAGGAAGCCUCGGUUUCUAUAAAGACGGAAAGAGCGCUAGCAACGGCAUCCCUUACCACGGAGAGGUUCCCAUCAGCCUCGGGGACGCCGUGUGUGAGGUAGCCAACGGAUAUAAGAAGAGGAAAUUUGUAUUCAAGCUCAGGCUCGGGGAUGGAAAAGAGUUCCUGUUCCAAGCAAAGGAUGAGGCGGAGAUGAGCGCCUGGAUCAGCUCCAUCAUCAGCUCCAUGCCCACGGGGUCAGGUGACUCGCCGGUGGGUCCGCGGGCCCUCAGCCGCGCCAUGACGAUGCCCCCCAUCUCCCCCAGCUCAGGGGAAGGGGGAGGAGUCACCAUGCGCAACAAAGACGGGAAAGACAAGGAUCGUGAAAAGAGGUUCAGCUUCUUCGGCAAGAAAAAAUAGAAACACUUUUAAAAAUCGAUGGAAACAACAUUUACAACUAAAUUUCAGCAAACAGAAGCAGGCAGAGAGUAAACUGCCCUCAGAUCAGCCCCGGGGGAUUCUCAACGUGGCUUUCAGAGAACUUUGUUCAAUUUUCCUUCUCUCUGAUUCUCUCCCUCGCCAAUUUUUUUUAUCCGUAAUUUAGUUUUUCGUUCACCAAAAUCAUAUUUCACAUUAAGCUGCACCCAACUAUGAAAGCCCUCAUCCAAUUUCAGCCGACCCGCUGAGAUUAUAAAUCUAAGUCAGUGUCGGGGGGUUUGGCAUUAACAGGGAUUCAGUUUCAAUCCACCAAAACGGCCUUCCUUCAACACGAAUAGUUUCUCUUCAGUGAGUCUUCACUAGCUGAGCCGUUUCCAUGACGAGCCGCUAAUAAAACAAUGGAUGGUGGCUUUCCACUCUGAUGCACACCGGUUUUAUUUCCCCGCUCUUAAGCGCUCUGUUUUUUUGGGAAGGAUCACAUCAGUCGCUUUUUCUGUUCUCGGUAUUGAUGUUAUUAACCUGACCGAUAUUUCUGCUGUUAUUAUUAUUAUUAUUAUUAUUAUUUAUCUUUUGCUAUUGCUGGUUUGAGAAAACAAAGUAAUUAAUUUUCCAGUAGAUAAUCUUGAUUCAUGUUGUGGAGAGAAACACUUUUGGUUAAACUAGUGGAGAAUGUUGGGCUUGCCCUUGUAUGUAUUAUUAUUAUUGAUUUCCUUUAGGAAUGACAGUUGAUGAGGUGUUUUGAGAAAAAAUAAAGCUCAUUGAAUUUUA